GAAUUGUCAUUUCGCGAUGGCGAUUGCUGUGUGAAAAGUGGAUGGUGGAGCAAAAUCAGUAAAAUUGUUGAUUCUUUCGAGUUAUCAGUGACAACGAGGAGUGUGUAAAUCGGUAGAUAGACGUGUGUGUUAAUCUUUGAUUGAUAAAUCACCGCGAGAAAACCCAUCAAUUGGGCGCUGUACGCCCCAAAAGUCUGGUCAGCAGAUUGUGUGUGUGGCAGCGGUGACUCUGUGUCUUUUUGCUUCCCUAACACCCCUUUUCAUGCACCUUUUCCCCAUCUCCCAAAGAGUGGAGCUACAUCGUGAUCCAAUCACGGCAGACAGUGAGCAGUGGUUGUACAAUUGAGGGCCCCGCGGAGGCUCCAGGAGUGCAAUUGGAGGUGUAGGGUGUCCGACAAAAAAGGCACCAAUACAAAUGACUUGCAUAUGACACACUUUGACGUCGUGUAGGCAGCAAAGCUUUGAUCGCGAAGAAAAUCCAUCUUAUGUCCCCGUACACUUGAUUUUUCCAUCACUCCUGCCAGUUUUCUCUGUUUUUGUGACUCACACCUGAGCCAAUUUUGUCCGUGUGUUGUGCAUUUGUUUGACCGCUGAAGCUGUAAGAGGGAACGAAGACCACCUGCCACCCAAGUCCGGACAGCGACAAUGAAUACCGAGCACGGAUUCAAUCCAGCCUUUAAUAUGGCCAGCAUCCGGCAGGUCAUCAAUGAAGCCGUCGAAAGGGGUAUAAUGAGAAUGCCCACACCGACGCGCCUCCGGGACCUCAUCAGGCAGAUCCGGGCGGCGAGGACGGCAGCAGAGGAGCGCGCGGUGGUGAACAAGGAGUGCGCCUAUAUCCGAAGCACAUUCCGUGAGGAAGACUCUGUGUGGCGAUGCCGCAACAUCGCCAAGUUGCUCUACAUCCACAUGCUGGGCUAUCCGGCUCACUUUGGACAGCUGGAGUGUCUCAAGUUGACCGCGAGUCCACGAUUUACGGACAAGAGGAUAGGAUAUCUCGGUGCUAUGCUGCUGCUUGAUGAGAGACAGGACGUUCAUCUACUUAUUACAAAUUGCCUAAAGAAUGACUUGAACAGCCCAACACAAUUUGUGGUUGGCCUGGCGUUGUGCACUUUAGGUGCAAUUGCCUCACCUGAAAUGGCACGCGAUCUGGCUAGCGAAGUGGAACGCCUUAUGAAGUCACCGAAUGCAUACAUCAGGAAGAAGGCUGCUCUGUGUGCCUUCCGGGUGAUUCGUCGCGUUCCUGAGCUCAUGGAGAUCUUCCUGCCUGCCACGCGAUCACUUCUGAGUGAGAAGAAUCAUGGUAUAUUAAUCACUGGCGUAACACUCAUAACAGAAAUGUGUGAAAACAGUCCAGACACGUUGAGCCACUUUAAAAAGAUCGUCCCGAAUUUAGUGCGCAUCCUGAAGAAUCUUAUUCUGGCUGGAUACUCACCUGAGCAUGAUGUCAGUGGCGUCAGUGAUCCAUUUCUGCAGGUUAAAAUCCUUCGUCUGUUGCGAAUUUUGGGCCACAAUGAUCCCGAUGCAUCGGAGGCUAUGAACGAUAUCCUGGCACAGGUGGCAACGAAUACGGAAACUAGCAAAAAUGUUGGAAACACCAUUCUUUACGAGACGGUUCUAUCAAUAAUGGACAUUCGAUCCGAAGGUGGAUUACGUGUGUUGGCUAUAAACAUCCUUGGACGAUUCCUCUUGAAUAGCGACAAGAACAUUCGCUAUGUGGCGCUCAAUACACUGCUGAGAACUGUUCAUGCGGACACAUCUGCUGUACAGAGGCAUCGCACUACCAUUCUUGAGUGCCUGAAAGAUCCUGAUGUGUCCAUUAGGCGGCGCGCCAUGGAGUUGUCAUUUGCUUUGAUAAACGGCCAGAAUAUCCGAUCGAUGACCAAGGAGUUGCUGGUGUUCCUCGAGAAGGCGGACUCGGAAUUUAAGGCACAGUGCAGCAGUGGAAUGGUGUUGUCCGCUGAGCGCUUUGCACCGUCCACGCGAUGGCAUUUGGACACGCAAUUGAAUAUCCUCGUGGCAGCUGGUAACUACGUGAGGGACGAUGUGGUGUCGUCAACUAUUCAAUUGAUAUCGAGCAGUCCCAGUUUGGAGCAGACGUACAUCACUGCCAAACUGUGGGACGCUCUGCAGACUCCCAACAAUUGCGAAGACAAGCAACCGCUGCUGCAAGUGGCAGUGUGGGCGAUUGGAGAGUACGGAGAUUUGUUCAUGUAUGGCGAAAAACCAGGAGAUGAUGUUACUCGGCCACAGGAGAAGGAAAUUGUGGAGAUGUACCAGAAACUGCUGUGGGCACCUCAAGGAUCAACCUCUAGCAAGCAGUACACGCUGAUAUCGCUGGCGAAGCUCAGCACUCGUCUUCAGGCGGCGCAAGAUGAAAUUAAGCAGAUAAUUGAUGCUUUUGGGUCACACCUGAAUGUUGAUCUGCAGCAGAGAGGCGUUGAGUUCUCUCAACUCUUCAAGACACACAGUCACUUGCGUCCGGCACUGCUGGAGAAGAUGCCACCAAUGCAGCUGAAUAGAAUGUCAACGCAAAAUGGGGCUGGCAAUGCUACGUCACCGGAUGAGAAUGGAAGUGGAGUGGAUCUGAUCGAGAAUGGUCUUGAGGAGGAGAAUGUCACAAUAACUGAAGGAUCAAAUGCCCUUCUUGAACUCCUUGGAGGUACAUCGAGUCAAGAGCUGAGCGUUCCCAAUCCUGUUAAGUUGCCUCAAGCACCGAAUGUCUCCAAUAACAGAGAUUUAAUGGAUCUACUGGGUGAUAUUGAUUUGUCGGCGAAGAAUAGUAACACGACUGUUGAUAGUAGUACUAAUGGGAAUGUGCUGCCGAUACCAUCAAUUGCCUCUCCAAUCGGUGGAUUGAAUUUAGACUUAAGCAUGAGCAAUUCGUCACUGAUAACAGGAUUCAUGGAUGAUUUAACGACGCAAAUUGAUAGUCAGAGUGCAAAUUCCAAGUUAACAGCAUUGGAGAAGAACGGCUUGUCUGUGGUAUUGGCACCAAGAAAUGCAUCUGGAUGCCUUCAUGUGAUUAUGACAGCAACAAACACGUCGCUGAACACAAUGGAGCAAUUUCUAUUUCAGGCGGCAGUGCCCAAGAGUUUCACCCUACAGAUGCUCUCACCGUCCGGAUCCACUCUUCUGCCAGGAGGUGUAAUCACACAAGAGAUGAGAGUCACGCAAUCAGCAAAGGCGCUCCUGAGGAUGCGGUUAAGAAUUUCGUACACAACAGAUGGAAAUCCCGUGCUGGAGCAGACUGAAAUCAGUGGUUUUCCGGAGGAAGCAUUCGAUUGAGGUGUUGAGUUAAAGAUAAGAAGUAAGGGUUUCCCUCUGUGUGUUAUCUUAAUCAGCAUCUAUUCAUUUUCAACGUAGAAUUGUCUCACGUAUGAAAAUCGAGAGACAAAUAUUGCCUCAUCUACAAUAAAUUGAUAAUAUGUAUGUAUAUCGAGAAAAAGGAAGAGUAUAUGAAGAGAGAUAAAAUAUAACAA